GGGCGCUACGCAUCUGCCAUCGUACGUUUGACCGAGGAUAACAUUACGCUCGCGUGAAACUCGGAAAUUUAACGAUGCAGCUCCUACUCGCAGCGAUAACGAUGUUCAUCAUCCUUGGUUCGUCUUCUACUGAAAAAAUCGACGUGGUGCCAUUUUACAUUAGGGACAAGGUAAUGCUCGGAGACACGGUUAAAAUUGUCUGCUACACAAGCACAGUGCAAGCGCCUUUGUCGUUCAAGUGGAUAAAAGACGGCAAAACUCUGGCCGCUAGAGAAAACGUCCACAUCAAAACGCAAGCCGACCUUUCAACGAUAAUCCUUGGACCCGUAGAGCUGUCGCACGCAGGAAACUACACCUGUCAAGUGCUCUCACCAUCGUCCAGUGGAUCCUACACAGCUCCUCUCGUGAUAUAUGCGCCGCCUAGCUGGCUCGAAGAACCAAGCGACAAGCGAGUUGCAAAAGGUUCAAACCUAACAAUUUCUUGCCUCGCGUCUGGACAACCACCACCAAAAACGACGUGGAAGCAUAUAAGUGGUAACGUGCCUUCUUCUACUUUACCGUGCUGGAUAUGAGACGAUCGCUGCACGCAGACUCGGUCGGUGAGCGAGAAACUCACGCGACCUUUUUUCUGUGACAGGGUCAAGAAUGAGUUCGCUCAGAACAUCGUCUGACGGAAGGUUGCAUCUCGCAAACAUCCAGAAAGAAGACCAGGGCAGCUACUCUUGCACUGCAAGCAACGAAGUUGGGAGCC